GCCGCUUCUGUUGUGACUCGGGCAGCCUAUCCCGAGGGUGGGGAGCUGCCGAGGAGCCAGAGCGGAGCUGUACUCCGCAGCAUCACGUGCCGGGGUGGGGGCUAUAAAAUCCCGGAGCCGGGGCGCCGGGCGGGGGACGUGAGGACCAGCCCUCUCCAGGGACCCCUUUGUUCGCGUCCCAGACGCCGACACCUCUGCGUCCCCAAGGGCUUGCGGGGCAGAGCUUAGAAUACGGGAGGAGAGGGGACGCCGCGGGCCACAGGACCAGCCAUCCAUCCCUCUCGAAAUGUCGCGCUCCUUCUAUGUCGACUCGCUCAUCAUCAAGGACUCCUCCCGGCCCGCACCCUCGCUGCCCGAACCGCACCCGGGGCCGGAUUUCUUCAUCCCGCUGGGCAUGCCGUCCCCGUUGGUGAUGUCUGUAUCCGGGCCGGGCUGCCCAUCCCGCAAAAGCGGCGCUUUCUGCGUAUGCCCGCUCUGCGUCACCUCGCACCUGCACUCCUCUCGCCCGGCCGCAGGAGCUGGGGGCGGGGGCGCGGGGCCCGCGGGCACUGCGGUCGGGGGCGGCGCGGCGGCUGGGGGCACCGGUGCCCUGCCUCUGCUCAAAAGCCAGUUCUCUUCCGGUCCCGGGGAAACCCAGUUUUGCCCGCGAGUGAGCCACGCGCACCAUCACCACCAUCCGCCGCAGCACCACCACCACCACCAGCCUCAGCAGCCCGGUUCCGCUGCGGCUGCGGCGGCGGCAGCUGCGGCUGCAGCAGCCGCAGCAGCCUUGGGGCACCCGCAGCACCACGCACCUGUCUGCGCCGCCACCACCUACAACGUGGCGGACCCGCGGAGGUUCCACUGUCUCACCAUGGGAGGCUCCGACGCCAGCCAAGUACCCAACGGCAAGAGGGUGAGAACUGCAUUCACCAGCACGCAACUUCUGGAGCUGGAGCGGGAAUUCUCCUCCAAUAUGUAUCUGUCUCGACUCCGGAGGAUCGAAAUCGCCACAUACCUGAACCUGUCGGAGAAGCAAGUGAAAAUCUGGUUUCAGAACCGGCGCGUGAAACACAAGAAGGAGGGGAAGGGCGCGCCAAGGAACAGUCACGCUGGCUGCAAGUGCGUCGGCGGCCAGGCGCAUUAUGCGCGCUCAGAGGACGAGGACUCCUUGUCACCAGCCUCGGCUAACGAGGACAAGGAGAUUUCCCCCUUAUAAAGGGGG